UAUUUCAAAGUUUCUCGGCGGGAAAAUAAACGUCAACAAAAAUUAUUUCUAAAAAUUUAAAAACGUACUUGUGUUAAAUUAAAAAUUUGGAUAAAACUAAAUUGAAAUCAUUAUUAAAAAAUUGAAAAAUAAAUUAAAAAGUUACAUCAUGAGUCCAUCUUCAAAACCUUUUGAAGCAAAUGACGAAGAUGAUGAUGUCUUUGAGCUUGAAAAACUCCUUGCAGCUGCCGAGGCAGAUGAAGCGAAAAUAUCUUCACAACCAAAUCCGCCUGCAGCAGGAAAUGACUUAGAAGAACUCCUUGCAGCUGCCGAAGCAGAUGAAGCUAAAACAUCUUCGCAACCAAAAAAACCUGCAACACAAAAUAAUGUUCCUCGUCUACGAGAAGAUGGUUCAUUUGCUGAAGCAUUUAGUUACGAUAUUGACUCAAAUAUUAUGGAAAAAGCUACUAAGGCCACCGAAUUAAACACUGAAGAAAUGGAUUCCUCUGAUGAUGAGGAGGUAAAGAAUUUUUUAGAACGGAAAUAUAAUGAGUAUGGAAGAGACAUCAAUAAAAAACUGAAACAACAAAACGAAGCCAAACACGAAGCGGCGGUAGCGCAGGCAGUUGCCAAAGCUGUAAAUAAACCAAUUUCGACCGAUGUGGCUGCCUUUCCCCAUAACCCUCAGCAAAGAAACUCAUAUUCCUCGACAAAAACUAAUAUUAAAAAGCCUAUAAAACCAAAUAGUGAAACAGCUACACCAGCUAAUGUUAACACUAUCACAAAUUACAUGAAAUUAACACCUUCAGUCUUCACUGACCCCGUCUUUGGGCUAAGAAUCAUCAAUCCUCUAGUUUCUAGUACAGGACUGAUAGAGCGGAUGUCAGAAAGAACUCCCAUCCCAUUUUCAACCCUUGCUUUUCACACUCAACGAGGAGACCUUAACAAAGACUGGGUCAUAGGUGGGGUCUUAGUUAGUAAAAGCCCGGUCAAAACGUCUAAAAAUGGUUCACCUUUCUCCAUUUGGAAACUCUCCGACUUGAAAGGUGACAUGAAAUUGGUUUCACUAUUUAUGUUUAGAACAGCGCACAAAAAUCUUUGGAAAACUGCGACUGGCAUGUGCAUAGCUGUUUUGAAUCCAAGUGUAUUGGACAAGAGGGCAGAAAGUGGAGACAUUGCUUGCCUAUCCAUAGACACAGAUCAAAAAGUUAUGAUUUUGGGCCAGUCAAAAGACUUGGGAACUUGCAAAGCAAAAAAGAAGAACGGUGAUCCCUGUUUGCAAACGGUUAAUUUAGGCAACUGUGAUUAUUGUAUUUUCCACAUGAAGCAGGAAUACAGCAAAAUGUCUCAACGAUCUGAGUUGCAAUCGAGUACAGCAGGUAGAGGGCUAAAUGAAUUGCGAAAUAAGAUUCUUGGAAAAAGUGAAGUAUUCUAUGCUGGGCAGUCUUUUACAGCGGUUCCGGCAAAAAGGAGUGCAAAGUUGGCUGCCAAAGAUUCAAAAAUAUUAAUGGGCCUGUCUGAAUAUGCGGUGUCUCCGAAUGCUGCCAGUGUAAACCAUGCUUCUGCCCAAAGACAAACUCAGGCGGUUCCUUAUGCAGCAAGAGGAGGACCUGUUUCAAAAAUCGCUUGCAAUGUAGAGGCGAAUAAAAAACAACGUCUCAAGGACAUUGAACGAUUAAAAAUCCUUCAAAUGGAAUCAGAAAAAUUUGCCUCCUCCAAUACUUCAAAAGAAAUUAAUAAACCUGCAGCUACACCCGAACCAGAGCCUGCAACAAAACCAAGUGCUUCUGUGCCAGAGAAGUUCAAAAACUGCGAAUUCAGUUUCAGUAAUCGUAGCCCACAGCUAAGUCGUGAAAAUUUCUGCAUUGAAGUAACUGUAGGUGAGAAAAAAGCUGACAUGGCGAAGUUAAAGGCUAUGCAAUUACUCAAGAAAAAGCCUUUAGCUAAAGCGAAUCCAAAUUUCAUUAAACAUCGAGGAACUUCGGAAGGUAAAAGGCGAGCAAUCGACGACUUGAAUGAUAAAUUUGGCACGGAAUCAAAAAGGCAGAAAUUAGAUGAAGAACAGCGAGAGAUUGAUCGUAAAACGCGUAUUCAAAAAAUCAUGGAAGCCACAUCGUCGCAUACGAAUCUUGUGGAUUCAAGAGAACUUCAAGAGCAAGAAAAGUAUUUCAAUAAACUUGAGAAAAAAGAAGCCCUUGAAGAGAAAAUGUUGAAUACUUUUAAAAUGCCAUGUAAAGCGGUUAUUUGUAUUCAAUGUAAAUAUACGGCAUUUUCAGCAGCGGAUCGAUGCAAAGAAGAAAGACAUCAACUCAAAGUCAUCGAUACAGAGAAAAGAUUUUAUCAGUGUAAGGAUUGUGGUAAUCGGACAGCUACAGUGCACAAAUUGCCGAAAACGAGUUGUAAGAAUUGUAAAGGUUCUCGAUGGGAACGAACUGCAAUGAUUCGAGAAAGAAAGAUUGACGAUGGCAGAGAAAUGUUAUCGAUUAGAGGGGAUGAGGAAAUGUUUAUGGGUUCUAUAACAAGCAAAGCGAAUUUGAAUUUACUUGUACCGGAGUAGUAGUAAAAUAUGUAUAUUUACGUAAUUUAAUUAAUUAGGAAAAUAAAAAAAAAACUAUUAAUAAUUAA